CCCCAAUCUCCCUUCCAGAUCGCCGCCUAGUCUGCUCGCGCAGCCGCUGUCUCAUCAGCCCACCGAGUAAUCAUGGGCGUCCAGGGCUUCCAAGAGUUCCUGGAGAAGCGGUGUCCCGGGGCCGUGGUGCCCGUGGACCUCCUCAAACUCGCGCGCACGGUUUCGCGCCAGCAGCAGCACCAACAUCGCCAGCUGCCACCUACGGCGGCACUAGCAGCCAGGGCUUCACACUCCGCCAGAGGCUCCGCGCCUUUCCAACCACCGCUCCCGCCUGCUGCCUUGGGUGCCUACUCCGGUGGUGCAGGGCCGACUCGCUACCAUCACCCCGCUCACCACUUCUACCACCAUGGCCAGGCGCGCCCCGGGCUGCACCCGCCCCCGCCGCCGCCGCCUCCGCCGCCGCCCCCUCCGCUGCCCGGGGCCCGGGUGCUGGUAGACGCGGGUUCGGCGCUGCCGCGGCUUUAUGGCGGCUACCAGACGGAUUGGGUGUGUGGCGGCCAGUGGAACGCCAUGCUGGGCUACUUGUCAGCGCUCUGUCAGGCUUGUGCCUAUCCUGGCGGUGACGGCCUGGAGCUGGUGGUCAUGUUCCCCGGGGGCCUGGGUAAGGACCGGCUGGCCGAGUGGGGCCGUCGGUGCCAGGCCGAGCGGCAGACAGCGCAGCUGAUCGUGGGACACGUGGGCAACAAGGGCACCCCUCCUCCACGGGCCUGGUUCCUGCCACCGGCCUGCCUGAGCCACUGCGUGAGGCUAGCACUCAUCCGCUUCCGGGUCAAGGUCUUUCAGAGUCUUGAAGACCACCAUCUUGAAGUAGUGACUUUUUUCAGGGAAAAUGGCUUCCAUGGCCUUCUUGCCCAUGACUCCGAGUAUGCUUUCUACAAUAUUUCCUCCUACUACAGUUCCCAUGCUCUCAAGCUCAGUUGGAAUGGGAAGAACCUCACUACUAACCAGUUCCUAAUGCAGGAGGUAGCCAAGCAGCUGGGCCUGAAGCGGAUGAAUUUUCCCAUAUUUGCUGCACUGCUGGGUAACCAUAUUCUCCCAGAUGAGGACCUGGCUGCUUUUCAUUGGAGCCUCUUGGGACCAGAACAUCCCCUUGCAUCACUUAAGGUCCGGGCUCAUCAACUGGUACUUCCUCCUUGUGAUGUGGUGAUCAAGGCUGUUUCUGAGUAUGUUAGUUCAAUCAAAGACCCCUCAAACCUAGAUGUGGUUGGAAAGGAUGUUUUCAAACAGUCUCAGUCCAGAACAGAAGACAAAAUAGAACGAUUCAAGAAAGCAGUUGAGUACUAUUCAGUCACAACCAAACUCUCUUCACUGCCAGUGAGUCCUGCCUCCUUUAUAGGUUUUCGGAAUAAUCGACUUGGAAAUCCCCCCCUUCCACGAAAUCAAAUGGGCACUAUCUCUAUUGGAAAGCCGGUGUUUCCUUACCACAUGCCCCAGAAAAUGAAAUAUCCACCACCAUUCCCAAUGGGACCCAACUCUUCUCUUCUCUUCUCUCCCCAUGCUUUGGGGGGGUCUCAUGCUUUUUCUGAAGAUCCCAUGAUACAGGACAGCCCCGUUGCCAAUUGGACUGUCAAUUUUGACUCUGCUGCAUCCCAGUUUCCCAAUUACUUGACUUCUAAAGCCUCACCUCCAUUGGGAACAGACUCUUCCCACUCUUCUUCUGAUGGUGAUGAGCCAAAUGGAGCCAAUUCAGAACAUGGCACAGAAACUGCUCAGCAGCAGCCUGGAUGGGAGAAUACAAAUAGUGAUAGAGGAUCCUGGGUUGAUAGUGGAGAUGGCAGCCUGGGUAAUGGUGAGCCCCACAUCCCAUCUCUGCUGUCUAUGUCUACGAGAAACCACAUCGACAUUACCAUUCCACCCUUACCUCCAGUGGCUCCAGAAGUCUUGAGAGUUGCUGAACACAGACACCGAAGGGGUCUUAUGUAUCCAUAUAUCUACCAUGUCCUCACAAAGGGUGAAAUUAAGAUCCCUGUAUGUAUUGAGGAUGAGUGUAACAUGGAGCUACCUCCAGCUGCUCUCCUGUUUCGAUCAGCUCGUCAGUAUGUGUAUGGGGUGCUUUUCAGUCUGGCAGAGACACAACGAAAAGUGGAACGCUUGGCCAUACGGCGGCGGCUACCUGUGGAAGUUCCUUCAGUGAUCCUUAAAGAAUGGUCUGCCUAUAAAGGGAAGUCACCUCAAACCCCUGAACUGGUAUCUGCACUGACAUUUCGGGAAUGGACUUGCCCAAACCUCAAGAAGCUGUGGUUAGGCAAAGCAGCUGAGGACAAGAACAGAAGAAUGAGGGCCUUCCUGGCCUGUAUGAAGUCAGACACUCCCAGUAUGCUUAAUCCAGCUAAUGUCCCCACUCACCUGCUACUCAUGUGCUGUGUACUCCGGUACAUGGUUCAGUGGCCAGGUGGCCGAAUCCUACAUCGCCAUGAGCUAGAUACUUUCCUUGCCCAGGCAGUGUCUACCCAGCUUUAUGAACCAGAUCAGCUUCAAGAACUAAAGAUUGAAAAACUGGAUGCCCGAGGGAUACAACUUGCCGCCCUAUUCAUGAGUGGGGUGGACACAGCUCUGUUUGCUAAUGAUGCCUGUGGUCAACCAGUCCCUUGGGAGCACUGCUGCCCCUGGAUUUACUUCGAUGGCAAACUGUUCCAGAGCAAGCUAAUUAAAGCAGGCCGAGAGCAUGUAUCCCUGGUUGAACUGUGUGAUGGGCAGGCUGACUUGGCAACCAAAGUGGAAAAGAUGAGACAAAGUAUUCUUGAAGGAGUCAACAUGAACCAUCCACUACCUUCUGCUCUACUUCCAUCACCUACUUUUGUGCCUCCCAUGAUGCCCUCUCUCUACCCUGUUUCACUUUAUUCUCAAGCCAUGGGCUAUAUGCCACCUCCUCCUCAAGGAAGGAGCCGGGGAUUUGCAGGUUUUCAUCCAAUCCCUUCCCAAGGAGGAAAACUGGAGAUUGCUGGGAUGGUUGUGGGUCAGUGGGCUGGCAGCAGAUCCUCCAGGGGCCAAGGCUCCUUUGGCAUGCAGGUGGUUUCUGUUGGUGGACCAGGAAGAGGGCAUGGAAAAGAACAGACUGGGAGAGGAUCCAAAGGACAUAAAAAAGGAAACAAACAAGGCACGUCAGAUGGAGUUUCUAAAUCCAUGGAGCUUCAUCAAGGCCGGUUCCGCUCACAGAUAAAUGGAAAUAAUAGCACAUUGAUCAAGGAAGAGAAGAGUGAUCAUCAUCUUCUAGCUCCAUCACAGUGUGCCUUAUCCAGAGAUAAUAGUGUGUGUAAUAAUGGUAACCUCUACUUCCCUGUGAAAAAUGAGGAUAGAAGCCACUUACAAGAGCAAAGUCUAGAAACUGUGGCACAAGAGAAAGAGGAGUAACAAGCGGAAGAUUACUUCACCAGAUCAGGAAGAGAGGGGGAAACUGUACUUUUCUGGUGCUAGGACCAAGUUAGAGGACAAAAUGCUUACCCUAAAUUUUUCCAGGAUUUUGAUGGAAUAUUCUACUGUAUCUUUUCCCCUUUUUGCCUUUUUCUGGGCCUCCAGAUUUAAUGGCCUGUUUCUGGGAGAGGUUCUGGUCAAAGAUAACUGGCAUGAGUACCAGCUUCUAUUUUUAAAUUGAAUAUAGAGUUCCAAUAUUAUGGUUAUAUCCCUUAGUAAGGUAAUGACUCAGAAAUAGUCUGUCAUCACAUGAGUCUCUAUAGAAAAGUUCCAGCCUUGGUUUUCUGAGUCUGUCUUAUAAUACUCAUUUACAAAACCCCAAGGUGGUAGGGACAACUGUCUAUGGCUUCUUGACUUGCUUUUUUCUCUAUGAAGUAGUGGGGCCUUUAUAUAAUCGGCAUCCACUUCCUUUCAACCUUCUCUCUACCCCCCAGGAUUUCAUAGCACCACCUCUAACUCUGGCCUGACAAUCAGCUAGGUAUAUGUUUUCAGGGAAGUGAGGUAGUGUUGGUUAUUUUUAUUUUAUUUUAUACAUUUAAAAACAAAAACUACCAAUGGCCUUUGUACUGGGGGAUUCAAGUGAGUCGGAAAAGUACUGGGCAGAUUUUUCCUGCCUUUGAACUAAAGUGUUAUUUGUAAAAUAGAAGACAUGGUGCAGUUCACCCACUCCCUGCUACCUACACCCUGAAAGGGUGAGUAUCAGUGUAACAAGAUUAAGGACAAAGUGGAAUUCAAGAUACUAUGUGGGGGUAUGUGGGUGGAUGUAUAUAUGAAUGUGUGUAUCUAUAUGCAUACACAUACCCUUUAUAUAAAGAGACAGAUCUAUUUAUCUAUACAUAUUUUAUAUAUAUAUAUAAAUAUAUGUGUAUGUAUGUGUGUAUAUACAUAUAUAUAUAUACACACACACACACGCAUGCAUGCAUACAUGGUGAUUUUCCAGAGGAUUUACUGAAUUUCCCAGAAAUGCUUCUACUACAUUUGGUGGUAGGUUGAAGAAGUCCACAGUUGAGAAUACUUACUAAAUCACAGCCCAUCAUAAAUUAUGAGAAGGUGGGCUUCUCUAAUGCAGACAAAAUACACUUUCCAGAGAUUGCCUGUUCAGAACAAUAAAUGUUUGAUUGUCACAAGCUUAAUCUUGAACAGCGCCUUCACAUCCCACACAUGAAAACAGGUUAGAAUUGAAGUAGGACGAGUUAGAUAUUUUCUUAUGAAGAAAGCAGCCUGGUUUGGAGGGAUAAUAAGGAUGGGGUGUGAUUACAGGUGUUUACAGUCAAUUUGGAGGAUAUCUCAUCUAGAACUCCAGCAUCAAAUUGGCCUCAGGCUGGAAUGGAUUGCCAUGAAUCUUACGUAGACAGUUUAAUUUUGUUCUUUGGCAUUUGACUUCUGAUUUUUUUCAUUUGCUUUGCAAGAAAGACUUCAGAUGACUCUGACCUUAAAUCUAAAGAGUAUUCUGCAAAAGGUUCCCAGCUCCAAUGAGGCCAGAAUCUACCCAGGGUAAAAAAAAAAAAAAAAAAGUUGUCCUUUUUGUCAGCUAUACCCUUAAGACAGUCUUGAACCUCUAGUUUCCCGCUUCAGCAGGCUAAGUAUGAGGGAUGGGACUAUGACUUGCAACAGUACAGCAUUAUGUCUUCAUUCAGGAAUUGAGAUUUUCAGUCUCAGACACCUGCAUUUGGGCUUCGUGAUAUUCUUGUGCAAAAAGUACUAUUUUCUAUAAGAAUACAAUUGAACAGACUUCUAGCAGUGUUCUCUCUUUUUGAAAGAUGCUAUCCAUUUGACACAUGGAAUGUCCUUGGUGAUUUUUUUCCCAGAUAACAAGGUUGCUUGCUCACUGCCCUUUUAUAACAAGUAUAUCAUGAGAUACUGAAAACAGUCUCAGACUGUUUAAUCCAGUUCUGACCCAGUUUAAGAAAACUACAAUUGCAGGAGAGAGAAAGCUCUAGAAUGCCUCUCUACCUGCCCAGACACUUCUUACAUAAACCAAAGCAGGAUGACAGGAGUGUACACCCAGCCAGAUAUAACCAGGAACAGAGUAUACAAAAACCUCCUCUUUGGAAUUGGCUCUUCUAACUUAUUUCCUACUCUCUUUCAUUGGACCUGCCCAGCCUUUUGUAACAUUUCAAAGGCUAGGUCUUCUGCAUCUAGUAAGAGAGGGAUUUGAUAGUAAAUUUCAAUCACUUGGACAUUUCUUUUGGCAGCCAGAGAAGGAGGAAUUCUUUGGAGCUCUAAAAGUAAUCAGAAUUCCUGAGCUCUGUUACAGAGAGAAGGGGGAGAGAGGGAGGGAGGGAGAGAGAGGGAGAGGGAGGGAGAGAGAGAGUAUGUGUUAUAUUACCAUUUUCUGAUAGAUACUUGGAGUUAUAGGGUAAGUUAUUUUCUCCAGUGGCUGUUUCUGUGCAUCUUGAAUCUAUUUGGUACAACUGAAUGACAGUAUUGUUAAGUCUCAUAGCAUUAAGAUUUCUUAUUUUGUAGGCACUCACUGUGAAAAUUGAAAUUCCUGCUUUGGCAGGAAUGAUUACAGUUUGCCAAAAGUCUUCUUUUCUCUCUUCUUCCAUUUUUCACAUCUUCACUUUCUCCUAGCCUGGCAAAGGGUAAAAAAUAAUGUGGCUCACUUCCAACUUUAAUUUUUAUUUGUAUUUAACAUUUUGAGUUUGGAAGGCUAUAAGUGUGAACCAGAAAGAGUCAUAUUCCUGUUUUUGUUUAUCUGUCAAAAUGUACAAUUUAGAAGCCAAAAAGACUUAGGUUUAUUACUGGAGCUUUUUCUAAUUGGAGGACAGAUUGAGGGAGGCAGGUCUGUCUGAUCUUUACUGUGAUCACCACUUAAGAGACUGUCAUUCUUCAUUUGAGGUUUAAUUUUUUACAGUAAUGUGACCUUUUCUUAAACCAAUCCACAUUGAAAGCCCAGGUAUGACCCCAUUCCUUGUAGGGUCACAAAAAAAAAAAACAUCCUGGCUGUAUGUAGCCACUGAUCCCCAAAGAGUUGCUUUGCAGUUCUUGAUGCUUGCUGGUCUUGGGGUCUGCUUAUAACUCUCAUCCUCAUUCAGUGACCCAGCUGAUCUGGCCCAGACCUGACAAAACUUCUAUUUGUUUGCUUCAUUUUCUUUCUGAGCCAGUAGGACUUUGGGAAAAAUUUAAAGCCCAAGCAGUGGCACUUGCUUUAAUUAGUGACAUUUAAUUUUUGUUCCCAUCGUGAUUUUCUGGUAUUGCUGAUCAAGUCACAUUAACUUUUUUGAUCAUUGAGAAAAACAGCCAGAUUGGGCAUUAGGGAGACUGGAUGAGAUAGGGGGGUACUUAUGUAAGGUAGAAAGAAUGUUAAAGUAACUGUUUUACAGUGAUGAAGUUGAUUGGAACCUUAGAAGGCUCCUGUGGGCAAGUCAGUGCUACCCUUUCAGCCUCUAAGAUCCCUUCUCCUUUCAAAUGACAGUACAAGUAGACCAUAGUUUAAAGUAGCUAGUGUAAUUCUACUACACUAGUAAUUCUACUAGUGUAAUUCUAUUACACUUGUUCGCUUCCUCAUGCAUAUUUCCUCAAUAUGCAUGGGGAGUGAGUUUUCCAUUGUGUCACCCUAUAUUUUUCUCUCUCCUGUGAUAUUGGCGUCUUCUUUCCUCUGACUUUACAUUUUUUUUUCCUUUCUCCUUUCUCUUAUUAUUGUAGUCUGCUGGUGCAAGUAAGAGCUCAAUGCACCCAUUCCCCUAUUAAUGCUAAUUAUCUUCAGUAUUGUCAAAGGUUAUUUUAAUGUUCUGAAAAGAUUUUUUUUUUUGGAAAAUAAAAUAUCACCUGUGCUAGGGUGCCCAUUUCAAUUUUUGACAUUGCCCUUGUACUGCUCUUUUUGUCAUUGUUGGUAGUAACUAAUGACUAGUGAAUUUUCAUGUAAGUGAAGCAAAUUAAUUAUGUCAUAUUUUAUUAAUUUCUCAUAGCCCAACCAAAUCUGAUUUCACUUUAGUUCCUUCCCAGAAGACACUUCAGCUUCCACCUUUUAUCUCUUCUAUUUUUAGAGUAACAUACUACAUUAAAAAAGAACUUAAGCUGCAAGAAGUCAAUGGUUUUUAGUGCUCCCUGAUAAAUGAUGUUGACAGAAGUUAAAAAAAAAUUCAUUGUUUUUUUUCCUGUGUUAAUAUCUCUUCUGUGUUCUUGACCUUGUAUUUAGUGAAUGGAUAAUAUGUAUUUCUCUUUCCCACUCCUAGAUUCCAAAUUCCCUGCCUCUUUGUCCCAUCUCACUACAAAAGCUCCAUAGUUUAUUACUGUAAGUUUGAAUGGAUGCUUCUUAGGGAAACCUGCAGGAGUUAAUGGAAGUGUUUCAGAAAGGAAAGAGAAUGUCUUGGAAUUGUUCUGUGAUGGAAAUUUGUCUGUUGUUCUGUUAAUGCUGAUGGAAAGAAACUUACAGCGCUUAAUAAAAGACUAUUCUUUUAGUUAAAAAAAACUGUGAAAUAAAUCUGAGUCUGUGAAGUUUAA